AUGGAGAAGGACAGCAAAGCCAGGAAAGGAGCUCGCCGCACCAAGCGGAGAGCUCUGCGACAUGUUUUGACAGACUCAGUGGAAGUUGGACCUGGGGAUAGUGUCUCCAAUGUCUCACGCUCGAGAUCCAGCCAAGCCACCAUGGCCGUGUCUGCCAUCAGGAAUUGGUGGAACACUUUCCAGUUGGACAAGUCAGACACCAACAUCUCCAGCACAGAGGAAGAUGAGGGGGAGUCGGCGGAUAUGAGGCAGUUGUCCACAAACCUGAAAAAGACUCUGCGGACGAGACAGCUGGAAAUAGAUUUUAAUGGUGGCAGACCAGUUCUGAGUCUAAGGGCGCCGCAGGACCUGGUGAGCUUUCCAUCCAUCUCCCGCCCCCGGUGGCCCAUAGAGUGUGAGGUCAUCAGCGACAUUAUCCAUCACAUAGAGUGGGAUCCGCCAGAGCCAGAGCCUUUUUAUCAGCCCACAGGACAUGAGAUGACACCGAUGCCUGUUGGAGAAGAGAGCGGGAAAGUGGUGUACUGCGUUGACCAAGCCACUAAACGUCCCUUUUUCACCGGCUCUCGUGUGGGGGGGAGCCUGGGACCCAUCAAGGCCGCCACCUCCUGUGACAUCGAUCAGACAGACUUCACCCUGGAGUUUGAGUCCCGCUUUGAGAGUGGGAACCUCCAGAAAGCUGUGCAAGUGGGGGACUACGACUAUGAGCUCACCCUGUGCACAGACACGUACACGGAGAAGCACACGCAGUGGUUCUACUUCAGGGUCAGGAAGAUGGAGGCUGGAGUCACCUACCGCUUCACUAUCGUCAACCUGAUGAAAAGGAGCUGCCUGUACACUUUGGGUAUGAAACCACUCUUCUACUCUGAGAGGGCGGCCAAGGAGGGAGGUGUUGGAUGGCAACGCAUCGGCUCCAACAUCAGAUACUAUCGCACCUGCAGUGAGGACUCAAAUGAAGACGACAGCGACACCAUCAGCCUGUACUCACUUACCUGGACUCUUCGGUUCCCUCAUGACUCAGACACCUGCUACCUGGCCCACUGCUACCCUUACACCUACUCACACCUGCAGCGCUACCUUCAGCGGAUAACCUCCAACCCAGCCGUGGCGUCCUACUGUAAAUUGCGGGUUCUGUGCCACAGCCUCGCUGGGAACGCCGUGUACGUGAUGAACAUAACAUCCCAGGGGGAAGGAAAGGGGAAGGGCAGGACCAAGAAGGCUGUGGUGGUGACGGCCCGAGUGCACCCAGGGGAAACCAACAGCUCCUGGAUGAUGGAGGGUUUGCUGGACUUUCUGCUCGGGGACUCGUCGGAAGCUCAGGUGCUCAGGGACACGUUUGUUUUUAAGGUGGUGCCGAUGCUGAACCCUGAUGGUGUGGUGGUGGGGAAUUACCGCUGCUCUCUGGCCGGCAGGGACCUCAACAGAAACUACAAGACAUUGCUCAGGGACUCUUUUCCCUGUGUGUGGUACAUCCGCAACAUGGUGGAGAGGUUAAUGCGUGAGACAGAUGUGGCUCUUUACUGUGACUUUCAUGGCCACAACCGCAAAAAUAAUGUCUUCAUGUACGGCUGCAGAAACCGAGAUGAACUUUCUCCGAAGCUUUCCGAAAGAGUUUUUCCCCUAAUGAUGAGCAAGAACGCCAAUAACAAGUUCUCCUUCAAGAGCUGUAAAUUCAAGGUGCAGAAGAGCAAAGAGGGAACAGGACGAAUCGCCAUGUGGAGACUUGGCAUCAGAAACAGCUACACCAUGGAGGCCACGUUCGGAGGCUCCACUCUGGGUGACAGGGGGGGGACACAUUUUACGAUUCGGGACCUAAAGUCAAUGGGCUUUUCCUUUUGUGACACCCUAAUGGACUUCUGUGACCCCGAUCCAGCGAAGACCACUGAUUGUCUGAUGGAGCUGGCAGCAUUGUUGAGAAAGGACGCCGCAGAGAGGCUGGGCAAAGAUUUAGGCACUGAUUGUAACAACUCUGACUCUGACCAAGAAUCCAGCACCAGUGGAUCAAACAGUUCAGAAUCAGAUGGACCCCCGGCUCAUUUACUGAACCAGCCAACUCUCCAUCUAGAGCGAAAUCCUGUGAAGAAGAAGAACAAGAGGAAACUUUUAAAGAGUCGUAAAGAGAGGAACCGGCAGCGGACGGAGAAGAACGAUACACAGCCACAGGUCCUGCAAAGCAACAUCAAGAUUACUAAUUUGCCGGAGUCCGGUGAGACCACUGUUGAAGAGAACAUCACAGAGAGGCCUGUCGGGCGACACCGGACUAAAUGGCUGGUCGACAGUGUGAUGAAAAAAGCUGCGACGCCUCCACCCAACACUGUAGAGGUCAGUCAGGUGACUCUGUGGCCGGGCUGCGAACCGAUCAGCCGACCAUGGUCUGGAAAACACGAGGGCCGCACACUCACCUCAGAAGGAACAGGCAUCACCUCACACAGGUCUCCCUCAACAACGUGCGUCAAUAUGGUCCCAGACAUGAUUCAAACAAAGCGCCUGCUGUCAAGUUUCACCAGGGACAACAGACGGUAUAUUUUCGGAGCCAGAGGUUCUUUACGUGUUUCAGCAGGUUACUCUGUGCUGGAGGAUACCUUCACCGCCCCCACGGAUGAAACGACCAAAUGGCCGAAUGAGGAGCAGGAAGAUGAACCCAUAGAAGUGGGGGUGUCUCUGUGGGGAUGUAAACCAAUUGAGGAGCAGAAGCAGAGAGAUAUGAGGUCUGACAUCCUGCGGAGAGAAACUGAUCCAUGCAGAAGUUUGUCUAGGUUGAGAGCCACAAACCUGAGAGGGAGAAGAAUGUAUAAAGAUGCUCAGGAGAAC